CGAAAUAUUAUCAUUCUGCUCCCUCUAAUAUCUCUGGAGGAAGUGGAAAAAACAAACGCUCUGAUAAUUCAAACGAGUUAUUAUUGAAAUUGGGGGAUUGCGCAAUUUGACAAUUUAUUCAGCUACAGUGAUAAGAUGUUAAUACUCCUUAAAUACAAGUGGUUCUAGUCUAUUUUGUUUCUGUUUAUGCGGCCACGUCACGUCAAAGAUAGCACAGUCCCGGCUUUUUUUCAUUUAAUGCAUUUGGAAUAUCAAUAUAUUGUUGAAUAAAAAAUGGUUGAAAGGGCUGACGGCGAGACACAAGUGGAUUUUCCACUUUUUGUCAAUUUAUUUCUGUCUGUUUGUGGAUAUUUCAUCACAGUGAGAUUAAUUCCAAGGGUUGGUGAAGUUUUUCUACAAAAAACUAACCUCUGGGGUGUCGACAUGAAUAAGAAAAACGGACGAAAAAUCCCUGAAGCCCUAGGAGUUGUCAGUGGGUUUGUGUUUCUCUUCAUCAUGUUUCUUUUUAUACCAAUACCUUUCACCAAAUACAUCUCAGACAAUUCUAAUUUUCCCCAUCACGAGCUUGUUGAACUGUUGGCGGCUCUUCUAUCAAUCUGCUGGGUGGUCAUUCUUGGAUUUGUCGAUGAUGUUUGUGAUCUCAAGUGGAGGCAUAAACUUUUAUUAACGACAGUGGUAUCCUUACCUCUUCUCAUGGUUUACUACGUGAAUUGCAAUGCAACUCUCAUCAUAAUACCAAAACCAUUAAGACCCUGGUUAGGUUUAUCCGUGGAACUUUCAUUAUUUUAUUAUAUGUACAUGGCUAUGUUGGCAGUAUUUUGUACAAAUGCCAUCAACAUUCUAGCCGGUAUAAAUGGCCUAGAAGUUGGACAGAGUCUUGUUAUUGCAGUUAGCAUUAUAAUAUUCAACUGGAUUGAAUUGAGUGGUAAUUUAUGGAAGGCCCAUCAGUUUUCACUAUAUUUGAUGAUACCAUACGUAACAACAUCAGUUGCUCUCUUUCAAUACAAUUGGUAUCCGUCGAGAGUCUUCGUGGGAGAUACUUUUUGUUAUUUCUCGGGAAUGACGUUUGCAGUUGUUGGAAUCAUUGGACAUUUUAGUAAAACUCUUUUGCUGUUCUUCAUCCCACAGAUAAUUAAUUUUCUGUACAGUAUUCCUCAGUUGUUCCAUUUUGUAGCGUGUCCUAGGCAUCGAUUACCCAAAUUUAAUCCAAUAAGGGAAAAAUUAGAUCCCAGCGUCACCACGUUUCACAAAUCUGAGCUCAAUAUCAUUGGUAGACUGAUAAUGGGCCUUUUUCGAGGAAUGAAAAUCGUACGGUGGAAUGAAGAUAAUGAUGGCGUAGUCACUUGCAACAAUCUUACGUUGAUUAAUUUCAUUCUUAUAAUGAUUGGACCAACGGAGGAGCAUAAAUUAACGAAGAUUCUUUUAUACAUUCAGGCUGCAUGUUCACUUUUGGCGUUUUUUAUCCGAUAUCCUUUAGCUUCCAUCUUCUACGACGUAUAGAAAGCGACAAAACAUCAUCACAAGACUGAAAAAUUUCAGCUAUGAACAGGUAAAAAUUCAAAACUCAACCAAGCAUCAUCACAAAAAAGUCAAAUAGUACAUUUCGAUACAAUUGGGGAAAAAUGUUUUUAGGCUCGUGGGUUUAUAUCACUCGCUUUCGACUCGUGGUAUAAACCUACCAGAGGCCCAAAAACACUUACCCGCAAUUGUGUUGACAUAUACUACUGCAAGACUAGGUCAUAAGAAACUAUUCUGGUGAAUAUAAGGCUAUAGGAAGCGUUAAAGAAGAGUUAUGUAACCAUAUGAGAUAGAACAUGAUGGCCAGACUGAAUUAUGAAGAAUAUCUUAUAAAAAAUUUCCUUGAGAUAUUUUUGAAGCGACUAAGGGAUCAAGACUCUCUGCUUAAGACUGCCUUACAAUUUACAAUGAUAUCCCUCUUUUCCCUUGACUCAGAGAAAUCAAUAGUUCAGUGCUAAUUAUUCGUGGAGUCUCUAUAAUGGACACCUACCUAAAAAUCAUUUUUUUUCACGGCUCAAGAAUUCUAAAACUGUAAGGCAAUUCAAAUUCUUCUGGAAUACGAAAAGGAAAUUAAGUAGGCAGGGUUUCACAAUUAUCAAUCACUAGACAAAUUGUUUCAGGUGCUUAUGUACUUGAAUACGGGAUAACAUAAUUUUACAACCUAUCAUAACAUAAUUUUAUAGAGCUCUUUCACUCUGCGAUGCAAUAGAAAGUAAAAAUAAAAUACUAUCAAUAACAAUAGAGAAAAAAAAAUAACGUCUACGAUUUCCUACGGAACUUCCGUGGUAGGCUCUAGCAUUGAUUCCUUCAAUGUUUACCACCCAAAAACAUUAUGAUUCUGAAGUACAUUUCUCAUGAAUCACGAUUCCUGUGGCUAGGAAGAGUGAAACUGGAGUAAUGCGUUUUGUAUACAUAUACAAUAUUAUGAGUCAAGUAUUUGGAUUCUCAAUUCAGUCUGUAUGAGCGUCAUUCCUUAACGUGAAAAUCUCUGUACAAAUAACGAUUUCAAGUAUUUUCCCAAGAAAUCGAUGUAGAUAAUCGUGUAAAGACUUUCGAGAGAAAUUGCCGAAUGUCUGAAAGCAUUAGUUGUAAAGAUUUUAACAUUAACGCACUUGUUUGUGGAUUCAUAAACUUACUACGGAAAUUCUGUAACAUUACAAGUUUCACACAACACAAUUUUUUCGCAUUUCAACUGUCAUAUAUUUAAUUUAUCAGCAUGUUUCAGAUUAUGUACUAAAUUAAAUGCAAUAAUUGCUCACAAUCAAAUCGCUUGAGAUAACAUGCGAAUGUUUAUGCAAUUUGGACUGAAUGGCGAGAAGAAUUAAUCCAGGCACUUUACCAAUUCAGUAGAAAUAAUCAUGGUAAAGGAUUUAGUUUUUAGGUAAAUUUGGAAAAUAUUACCAAUUAUUUGAAUUUCA